CCCGACGCCAGGUUCUUCCGCAUCGACCUGCCCAACAGCGGGAAGGUGGUGCUGGCACGUGCCCUUGACUUCGAGAGCAGGCAGCAGCUGGAGGUGGUGGUCACCGCUGUGGAGAUGAACACCAAGGAGCGGUUCAAUGCCUCUGCCCACAUCCGGGUGAAUGUACUGGAUGGGGAUGACCAGUACCCCCCAGUUCCUGCCCUGCACUCCCCGCACCCACCAUGGCCUCACCAUCUGCACCAGCCCCAUCUACACCGCCAAUGUCACAGAGGGCCAGCUCCAGGGGGGACCCCUGAGCUUCAGCCCUGGCUCUGUCUACGCUGAGGAUGGGGACAGGGGCUUGAGGGCGGCCAUCACCUACUCCCUGCUGGCAGGGCAGGAGAGCGGCCGCUUUCACAUCGACAACAUGACAGGAGCCAUCACGCUGCUGCAGGCGGUGGAGAGCAGCCGGAGCACACCUGCUAUCAGCCUCAGCAUCAUGGCCUCGCAGGUAAACGACGCCAACAAGUAUGCAGUGACACAGGCGGUGGUGCGGGUGCUGGCUGCCAACCGGCACCCGCCACGCUUCGCCCACCCGAUGUACCAGGCCUUCGUCCCCGCUGGCGCCCGUGAGGCUGCCCUCCUCCUCACCUUCGGUGGCCACGUGCUGGCCCUGCGCGCCCAUGACCCUGACUUCCCUGAGGGUGUGAACCCCCAGGUGCAGUACAGCCUGCGCCCCAGCACCAACCACAGCCAGCUCUUCCAGGUGAUGCCCAACGGGCUGUUGGUGGCCCGCGCCGACCGCCUGCGGCCUGCCCAGACCUACCGCCUGCAGGUGCUGGCAAGGGAUGAGGAGUCGGGGGAGACAGCGAACACCACAGUGGAGCUGGAGGUGCUGUGGCCAGGGCAGGCGGCCCCACGAGACCCUUCAGAGAUGGGGCCAGGCCGGAGCUCGGUGAACACGGCAGUGCUAGCAGGGGGGCUGGGGGCCCUGUUGCUCCUCACCGCCGCCAGCCUCUUCCUCGUCAUGAGGCUGAUGAAGAAGCGCCAGCGGCAGCAGGAGACAGCUGACCGGGCAGCACUGGCCAUCGAGAAGCACCCCAACAGCCUGAGGUGGUUCCAGCCGGUCCCUGCCGGCAAGUCGUCCCCGAGCCCCCCCAACCUCUACUACCCCAACGAGGGGUACAGUGAGGGGGGCGAGGCCGCCCCACCACCACCACCACCACCACCGCCACCACCACCACCACCGCCUCCCCCUCCGCCUGCCCCCCAGCUCCCCCCAGUCCCCAAACCCCAGGCAAACUCAGUGGGGCGGCCGGGGGGGGUCCCCGGGGGGAUCCCCACAGGAGUCUCCUCCCCCUGCUCCAGCCAGCCCCCCCAGCCCGAGCGAGGUGGUGGGGGGCGGCGGGGAGGCAGGGGGCAGCCCUGCAGUGGGGGGUCGGCGCGGGGGGCCCCCAGCGGUGCUGCCAGCGCUGGAGGAGGUGAGCGAGGAGAGCCUGGAGGAGGCGGCGAUGGGGGGCCCCAGGGUGCCCCCCACCCUGCUGCAGCUGCUGGAGGACUCCAUCGAGUGCUGAGGGGGGGGGCGCAGGGUGGCCGGGGGGAGCGCAGCUGCUGUCGCGAUGGCACCAAUAAACACCUGGAGCGACAGCGGGGGCUCCCUGGGGCGGGGAGGCACUGGAGGGGGGGUCACAGCCCCCAGCCGGAGGCACUGGGAUGCACUGGGGGUUCGGGCCCCCUCCGGCUCCGCUCGCCCCCGGCGCGCCCCCACGUGGCAUCUCCCGCGCUCCCGUUCCCUCCGCCACGCCCCGGGGCGGGGCCACCAUCGUCCCGCCCCUUAAAGGCCCCGCGCGCGUGAAGCGGGCGCUGCCCCACGGCCCGGCUGCGCGAGUCCCGGAGUGCCACGGGGUUUGGGUGCUGGGACGCCGGGGUGC